AUGGUACGCGGUGCCGGUCGCGGAGGACGCGGAAUGCCUGGCCGUGGUGGAAUGGGGCGUCCGCCCUUCAACAGACCCCGUGUAUUGAUGCUAAGACCGCCAUUUGAUUUAAUCCUAGCAGAACCUGCAUUUCCACGAUGCAAACCUGCACCAGACGAUUCCGCUUUAACUCAGGCAUUAUUAAAAAGACAUACAGAACUAUGCCCCACUCCUACCGAGCAGGCAGCAGUACUGAGCCUGGUCACAAAGCUACAGACAGUACUGGACAAUUUGGUAGUGGCACCAGGUGACUUCGCAGCAUGUCAAUUGGAGGAAGUACGUCAAGUGGGGUCGUACAAGAAAGGCACAAUGAUGGCAGGCAAAAAUGUUGCCGACAUAGUUGUUAUCAUGAAAACCCUCCCCACUAAGGAGGCUGUGGAGGGACUGGCUAAUAAAGUCAAUGAAGAACUUAACAAAUUGAUGAGAGCAGAAGGACUCGGCAAUGUUACAAGUACUUGUCAUGAGAGAGGUUUUACAGUGAGUGCUGCCACCGCUGCUGUGAGGGUGUUGGUCACCACACUCCAUCAGAACUUGAGGAAAUUGGAACCCGAUGUACAUUUGGACUACAAAGUGAUAAGCAGUCACCUAGCAGCAAUCCGUCAUAGCCGUUGGUUUGAGGAGAAUGCACACCACUCUUCCAUAAAGGUCCUAAUCCGCCUGCUCAGGGACAUGUGCUCGCGCCACGCGGGACUCGAACCACUCACCCCCUGGAUGAUAGACCUGCUGGCUCACCACUGCAUCAUGAACAACCCCGCCAGACAGGCGCUGCCCAUCAAUGUAGCUUUUAGACGCGCGCUGUCGCUGCUGGCCGGUGGGCUAUUCCUGCCGGGCUGCGCCGGCCUGCCCGACCCCUGCGAGGCGGCGCACGCGCGCGCGCACACCGCGCUCGACCUCGCCGCGCAGGAUCACGCCGCCGCCACCGCGCAGACUCUGCUGCGUGUGGUGGCGCGCGGUGGUCACCGCUACGUGCUGGGGCUGCAGGCCUUCGAGGGCGGCAAGGACAUCUCCACCGAGAUCACGGUGUGGGACGGCGUCGUGGUGUCGCCGCUCGCGCCCGCCUACAACGACACGCCCGAGCCCAUGGACACGGACGACAAAGAUGAUGAAGGAGUUCCAGACGGAGUCGCUGCU